AUAUUCAGCAAGCAGACGGUCACAGGCGGUGGCGUUUCCCUGGACUUGCUACAGUUAAGUAGAUGUGCAACACACUUUCACUCUGGCUCCCAUUCACAUGUCUUUAUCUGAGGUCUGCAGCUCUAAUCCUCCUAAAUCCCGAUCAACAGAGGCGGAGCAAACUGCGUUUCCUCCCCGGUCAUUUUCCGUGCGAGACAUCCGUGGCGGGUUGCGAGGAGUGCACGGACUUUUAAUGCAAUGGGUAUUUUGGUGUUUCUCGUAGAGUAGCUGCCUGUGCAAACGGUGCGCUCAGGAAGGGAGCAGAUGCGGCUCUUACAAUGACUGGUCCCAGGAAGCAGAGCUUUCAAGUGGCGUUUCUCUUCCUGUCUGUCGCGCAGCUGACUGCAGGUCUGAAGUGUGUAUGCCUGCUGUGUGCCAACCACACCUGUGAGACACCAGCAGACGGUGCCUGCUGGAACUCUGUCAUGUUGAUUGAUGGAAAGGAGGAGACAGUCAAAUCCUGCUUGUCGCCCUCAGAGAUGAAAGGCCAAGUUUUCUGCUACAGCUCCAGAAAUGUCUCUAAGAGGAACUGUUGUUUCACGGACUUCUGCAACAACGAAACUCUACACAUACACCCAGAGAGGCCUUUGGAAGAACCUGGCUGGAGCAGGCUGCAGCUCACUGUGGUGAUCACGGUGCCCUCUUGCCUGCUGUGUGUAGGGAUCCUGCUAGGUGUGUGUUUUGUACAGGGCCACCGUUGUGCCUACAGCCGAGCCCACAAGCAGGAUCCAGAGGAGCCUCUAGAUGACCAGAUGUUGAUGUCUCCUGACAAAUGUCUCAAAGAUCUGAUAUAUGACAUGAGCACAUCAGGCUCGGGAUCAGGGCUGCCACUGUUGGUCCAGAGGACCAUAGCUCGAACUAUAGUCCUCCAGGAGAUUAUUGGAAAAGGUCGAUUUGGUGAGGUGUGGCGUGGCAAGUGGCAUGGAGAAGAUGUGGCAGUGAAGAUCUUCUCCUCCAGGGAUGAGCGGUCCUGGUUCCGUGAAGCUGAGAUUUAUCAGACCAUCAUGCUCAGGCAUGAGAACAUCCUGGGCUUCAUUGCUGCUGAUAACAAAGAUAAUGGCUCCUGGACUCAGCUCUGGUUGGUUUCCGAGUAUCAUGAGCAUGGCUCCCUCUAUGACUACCUAAACAGAUACACAGUUUCUGUAGAAGGCAUGGUUGUUCUGGCUUUGUCCAUAGCCAGUGGACUAGCACAUCUGCACAUGGAAAUCAUCGGCACACAGGGGAAGCCUGCCAUUGCUCACAGAGACCUAAAGUCUAAAAAUGUCCUGGUGAAGAAAAACGGGACAGCAGUCAUUGCAGAUUUGGGUUUGGCUGUGAAACACGAUUCCAACACAAACACCAUUGACAUACCGUCCAAUCACAGAGUGGGAACUAAGAGGUACAUGGCUCCAGAGAUCCUGGAUGAAACAAUCAAUAUGAACAACUUUGAGUCAUUCAAGCGAGCGGAUAUCUACUCGCUGGGCCUGGUGUUUUGGGAACUGGCUAGAAGAUGCUCUGUUAGAGGACUUCAUGAAGAUUUUCAGUUGCCUUACUAUGACAUGGUGCCUUCAGAUCCGUCCAUUGAGGACAUGAGGAAGGUGGUGUGUGAUCAGAAACUCAGACCUAACAUUCCUAAUCAGUGGCAGAGCUGUGAGGCUCUGCGUGUGAUGGGCAAACUGAUGAGAGAGUGCUGGUAUGCCAACUCUGCUGCCCGACUGACUGCUCUGCGAGUCAAGAAGACUGUGUCCCAGCUGUCUGUUAUUAAAGACAUCAAAGAUUAGUUUUAUUCAUUGCCCUGCACGUCAGCACUGGUGCUGGCACCGGUGUGAUGCAAUGGACGGGUAACAAACAGGGAGAAAGAGGCCCAAGGCUGCACUCUUCAGGACACAACUACCCCCUCAGAGAGCCUCCUCAGGUUUAUGUUGGUGCCAAAGCAUCGAUGGCGGUGUCUGUGGAGGCUUCACACAAAGACACCCAGUUAAAUGACGUUUUAACCAAACCGAUUUGAAAUUUUGAUAGGAAGAGCCAUGUGACAUAAGUCAUGUUAAAUGUGAUUAUUUUGCUACCUCAGUAUUUGAAGUGCCCAAAGCUUGAAGUUGCACAUUGUUGUGUUUUUUUGUGCCAUAUAUUGUAACGAAUGCAGUGCUGCUGGUUAGGUAGUGAUCUGACAAUCACCACAAAACAUAACUAUUUUAAGUGUUUUUUAAUGACAUGUACACUUUCCCUUGCAAUUUGAAGUGUUUUGGCACAAUUUAAGCAUUCUUUUUGUACAUAAAUGAUUUGAUGAAAACUUUUUUUCAAAGGGAAUACAGUCAAAUUUUUAUCUGGAAGGAGGCUUUCCUUUUUACAUGAAGCAUAGUAGAUCAUUCAGAGUGGCACUAUAGAAGGAAAUGACUAUGGGGUCCAUUGAUUCAGUCUGUCUUCUGUGUCCAGAUAACUCUACAAGUAACAGUUGAACUGUACUAUCAGCUGUUGAAUAAAUAAUUUUAAAAUGUGGCCUAGUACCACAAACAAGAUGAAGAAUGCAUCUGAGGCUUAGAGUACAAAUUAAACAGAUGGUCACAUUAAAAAGUUGAAUUUAUAUAUCUUUAAUCUUUCCCUGAUGCCUCUCUCAGGUUAGAUAAUAAUUUUUUUUAACUUCAAAGUGUUUUUCCAUUUUUAGAGCUUCAUGGGAAAGUUAUUGCCACAAAAAUUAACAUAAAGUUAAGUAUGAGAUUUGAUGACAUAUUUUGCACUUUUAAAAGCAUCUCUGAUUGCUGUGUCCAACAACAAAGAGCUAAUUUAUGGUUUGAUAAAACAGUUUCUGUAUGUUAACGUUGCCUCAUUCAACUCUGCUAAAACACUAUUUGAUAUUUAGUCUAACUCUGUUUUGCAGACGUUUUAUGUCGAACCACAUAAAACAAGAUAUAUAGAGAUGUGAAACAAGAAAGUAAAGAAAAUACACAAGAAUGCAAAAAGGCUGCUUUAGAGCUUAAUUUUGAAGCGGUGUUCAUGGUGUACAUGAACACUGGAUCACAGUUUAAGUGAUGGGUGUGCGCUAAUGCCGCUGUGUGACGCAGCCUGUAAAAGCUUGAUGUAACAGGCUUAGGGAAGGUGCAAAGACGUAAAUCUGUACACCGUGUGUGCUUGUAUGAAGCGAUGUUUGUGCAGGAGUGCCUGUGUGUGCAUUUGUUUGUUUGUGUUUCAUAUCAUGUGAAGUGAUCUAUCAUUAAAGUGAUUGUGAAACUGGAGCUUUGGAAAAAAAAUCUUGUUGGUCUCUAGUUAUGCAUCAUCUUCAUUUUCCAUGUAGCUGCUAAAGUAUCAGUGUUGACACAUAUUGGGAAUGUAUUGCUAUAAUGAAGGGUCAUGAAUUGUCACUACUGUCUGUGGAAACCAAGUGAUGUCCAGUAGCCUGUGGCUGUCUUGGCAAAUAUCAAUAUAUGUGAGAGUCUUGUUUUUUCUUUUCAUUUUUUUUUAUUCAGUAAAAUAAGUUGUGGAAUUAUUUAUAUGUAUUGCAAAGAAGAAAGAUGAGAAAUACUAAAAUUGCGCCAUCGAAUUGACUGUCCCUGCCUCUGUCAAUAAAAGAAAAAAAACAUACAACAGUUUUUUUUUAGUUGUUUACUUUAAGUUGUCUGUGCUGAGCCAAUUUGAUCCAUUAAGUAUUAUCUGCUUCUUCAAGAAUCAGAUGACAAAGAAAUGAUAAAAACAUAAAAACAUAAUCAUUGUGUUCAUAUUCUGACUUGUAUCUUUACAGCCUAUGAUACAGUAUCUAAAUAUAUAAAUUAAUGUGAUACAGCUCUCAUAAAAUGCAGCCUACUUUUGAUUUUGAAGCCCUCUCUUUUAAAUCUACACAUUUCAUUUAUGUUAAACUCUUCUGUGUUGUUGCUCAUGUGGAUUUUGUGCCACUGUGUUGUAUCUUUCUUCUCUUACACUAUUUAUUCUGUUUAGAACUGAAAUCAGUGGGUCAAUAAACACACGUUUUC